CCCACCACACCCCACCCCUCUACAUUUCAAGUGCAACCAAACUACAACCACAAAACGCACCCUCAUUGUUACCAACCCAACAACCCACCAAAUCACCAACCUACGGCUCGAUAAUCACAAGAUACAAUGCCAUCGGCACAUCCUUCUAUCGGCUUUCAAGCCGUGAUUCUCUGCGGCCCUGGUACCGGGCUCUACCCAUUCACCGGCGCAGAAGAUCUGCCGAAAGCGCUGCUCCCGAUCGCGAACAAGCCCAUGCUCCACUACCCACUGGAAUGGUGCGAGAAAGCCGGUUUCGAUUCGAUCCUCGUCCUGACACUGAAGGAGCACCACGCUGCCAUCCAGUCGUACAUUCGUUCGCACCGCACAUUCAAAGCCCAGGGACUCUACAUACAGGCCGAGGAGGCCUCCUCCAUCAACGACAAUCUGGGCACCGCGGACGUACUCCGGAUCGCCUUCCAGAAGGGAUGGCUGAACUCCGACUUUGCCGUCAUUCCCUGCGACCUGGUCACCAAUCUCGAGGGACACAGACUGGCAGAGCUAUGGAUGGUCCUACAGGCUGGAUUCGAUGCGGAUCUCGGCCGGCGCAGCCGCAAGCACCGUACGGCGGGUGACGGAGAGGACGGGCGCCGCGGUGGCCUGGUAGUAUGCUACGACACCAUGGGGGAGGGUGCGGUGAAGGGACAAGAGACGGAUCUUAUUGCGGUGGCACCUGUUACGAAGCCGAUGAUGUGCUCUAGCUUGCCGGAAGGGGAUGUUGGCGUGCUGUUGACGCGCUCAUCAACACAGGCGCUGAAGGGGGUGUCCGAGAUUCCAAUCCGCCAUAGCAUGCUUAGGAAGCAUCCGAAUAUGAAGCUGUACUCGACCUUUCGCGAUGCGGGAAUCUGCUUUCUCCCGCACUGGGUCCUCAAAUUCAUAGAGCGCAACCCCUCCAUGACUUCGCUCCGUGAGGACGUCCUUCCGUGGCUCGCAAAGAGCAGAUGGCAGAACCGGCGGUUGGCAGAAAAGCUGGGGCUGAUGGGUAUACUAACGGGAUCGGAAACAUCGGCGACGGGAGACAACGACAGCCAGGCCGCAGGCGAGGAGUACGAUGUUGGCUCGAUGAGUACGAUGCGGUUACGGCGGGCUGAUGACGCGCCGGCGGAGAUUCCGCCAAUGCUGGCGUACCUUCCUAACGCACCAUCGAUGUUUAUGCGCCGAGUCGACACAACGCAUCUGUAUCUCUACACAUCACUGUAUCUGGCCAAAAGCGAUCCUUCGCAGCCGUCAACACAGAUCAAGAUUGACCCGGGUUCUACGAUAGGAGAGAAGGCUGUCGUCACCGGUGCGGACUGUCUUAUCGCCGACAAGGUCACAGUAGGCGCUAAGGCAAUCGUCAAGAAGAGUGUAUUGGGCUAUGGCGUUACGAUCGGCAGGGGAGCGAGGCUAAUGGGAUGUGUGCUGAUGGAUGGGGCCACGGUCGAGGAGAAUGCAAAGCUGGAGGGUUGCACGGUGGGGCGCAAGGCGAUCAUUGGUGCUAAGUCUGUCCUCAAAGAUUGCGAGAUCGCCGAGAACUAUUAUGUUGAGAAAGAGACCGAGGCGAAGGGAGAGCGUUUUGUCGACUUUGCUGGACUGGAGGCAGCAAGUGACGAAGAUGAGGUUACAGACGAAAACUCAGAUGAUGGUGUUGCCGUUGAAUCGGAUGACGAUGAGGAAGACGACGAAUAGUCGUCUAACCACAGAGGGUUGUCUUUCCACGGUGGUUGUUUUCAUUGACGUGGACAAAAGCUUUGGGAAUUGUGAAUGUCAUUUUUCAUUCAGAGGCGUUUAUGUUGUGCUAUUUUCACUAGGAGUUGAAGGCGUUCGAUUGAAUUGCUAGUGGACAAGGGAAUCGAUGGCCUUUGUUUCCGUUUUGUUUACUAUCAUCGCAUUCGACCUUAUGUAAAUCAUGGCAGUUACAAACCGGUUCUACCCAACUAUCUUUCCAGUGCGAGUACUGUAGGCAUGACGUGAGUUCUUUACGGGAAGCGAUGAGAGAGAGAAAAUCAAUUUGUUGUCGCAUAGGCCUGUCUAGACUAUGG